CUCCAACCUCGUGUUCUUUUAAAUAUGUAACAACUGACCAAAAGUUUUCAACCUGGAACGUAAACUCAUUCUCCACACGUGCUGUGUUACCAGCAUCUCCUGAUGAACAGUUGUACGGACAGUGGGACGCGUACUUCUAUCUUUCUUCUCAGUAUUUUUUUAAAUUAAGGCUCAUCUUUUCACCGGCUGGGCUUCUGAUCGUCCUGGUGGUAAACCGGGAAGAAAGUUCAAUCUGAAGCGUGUAGGUGAUGAAAAUGUUUAAAUGUCAGUCAGCUAUGUGUCAGUUCAACUUAAAGUGAUUAUUAAGAAGCAACCGCGAAAUUCGGGGCCAAGUGGCGCGCACUCUUGUCACUGAGCCUUUGCCGCGAUGCGCAGCCCCUUCUGAAGUUUCGGAGCCCAAAGGGCGAUAAAUGAUCGCACGGGAGGAUGGAGCGGGUCAUUGGGCAGCGGGAAGCUGCAGAGUAAAUCGUCGCUCGGGGAGGGGGGAAGGUGCGAGCUCGUUCACUCUAAUACUGAGGAGACACACACUUUCUCCCACUUCCGGACCAUGUCUUUGAUCAGUCGCGGAAUUUUUGAAUGUAAGCUCUCAGCAGCUCGCGGUUCAGCAGCCCGACGAGAGGCGGUCACUUCAGAUUCAAAGCCGCAUCAAAACUUGUCCUCUCAACGAUUCUCCGUUACUUUCUUCCAAAAUGCCAUGCCGUGGACAGUUGCAGUGACGCACAGAGGGAAGAAGAUGACACUGUUCUGUGGCACCUCCUUCGCUUUCACACAAUAAGAAAUAAUGAUUGUACAAUUUCUGAUUGAGCAUGAGGACAGAACGGGGCAGAACAUGUUCACCCGCGGCUGCUUCUCCUGAAUUACCAGAAUUCUUCGGGCCGUUCAAUGACCGCGUAUCACUUGGCUGCACUCUCUUUCUCCCUCCCUCGUUGUGUGCCUCAGGCUGUUGGUUAAGAGCACUCAGUGGGUAAUUAUUAAUAGAUGUCCCUGGAUGGAAAGUGCCCGUGUUUAGAUGAGCCUUAUGAUAAACCUAUGCGUAUGUGAUGUGGGUAUGUUGUGUGUGUCACUUCCCAGCCAGACCCCCUGCACUUAGACCACAGCAGGAACCCAAGCCAUGCCUGCCACGCACCGGCCAGCAGCAUGAAGCCACCAACGUUUGCUCUUCUCCUCCUCUGCCCAUGGCUGCUGACUGCGAGCGGGGACCUUGGGGCGGGGGCGGGAGCGGGAACUUGGGCCAGGUUUGCCAGCCUGCCCUACCCUGAGGACAAACUCUUCCUGCACGACACUUUCCCCGAGGGCUUCAUCUGGUCGGUGGGGACAUCAGCGUACCAGACGGAAGGUGGCUGGCGACAGGAUGGGAAAGGUCAGUCGGUCUGGGAUACCUUCACUCGCCAGCAACCCAGUGGCAAUGGAGAUGAGGCCAGUGAUAGUUACAAUAAUAUAGAGGGGGAUGUGUCGGCUAUCCAGGCUUUGGGGGUCACGCACUACCGAUUCUCAAUUGCCUGGUCCAGGAUCUUCCCAGAUGGUCUGGUGUCAAAUCACAAUGAAGCUGGACUGAGCUACUACAUCCAUCUGCUCCAAAGACUCCGGGACAUUGGUGUUGAGCCCAUAGUGACUCUGUAUCACUGGGAUCUGCCCCAGGCUCUCCAGGAUAGGUACGGAGGUUGGAUCAACGAAACCUUAGUGGAUCGCUUCAGUGAGUAUGCGGAGUUCUGUUUCAAAGUUUUAGGAGACCAAGUGAAGUACUGGAUCACCAUAGACAAUCCUUUCGCUCUGGCUUGGCACGGGUACGGGACGGGGAAGCUCGCCCCCGGUAUUCAGGGAGCUCCCCGUGCACCGUACAUAGUGGCACAUAAUCUGAUUAAGGCACACUCCAGGACCUGGCAUAUCUACAAUGAUCACUUUCGCCAGUCUCAACAGGGCUAUGUGUCAAUCGCUUUGGCUUCCCACUGGGUUGGGCCGAAAAAUGGGGACAUUAAUCCAGAAACGGUGCAGCUAUGCCAGUGCUCCAUCAACUCUGUACUAGGGUGGUUCGCCAAGCCAAUAUUCGUAGAUGGCGAUUAUCCAGCAUGUAUGAAAGAUAACCUUGAAUCUCUACUGCCAGUUUUUGAUGAUGAAGAGAAAAUGAAAAUAACAAAAACGGCCGACUUCUUCGCUCUCUCAUUUGGGCCAUUAAGUUUUCGACUUUUAGACGCAAAACUACUAUUUAACCAAUCGAAAAAAUAUUUUCUGAGACAACUUCUCUCUUGGAUUCAAACAGAGUACAACAAUUCAAAAAUAUUAAUUGUGGAGAAUGGUUGGGAUGACAGCAACAGCAACACAAGGACAGCAGAUGUGUAUAAUAUGUACCCAUUAAAGAACUUCCUUAUGGAAGUGCUGAAAGCAAUUAAAUAUGAUGGAGUGGAUGUUAUUGGAUACACUGCAUGGUCAUUGGUGGAUGGCUUUGAAUGGGAUGCUGGUUACAAUUCCCGACGAGGAUUAUUUUACAUUGACUUUCAAAGCCAGAAAAAGGAGAGAAUACCAAAAUCAUCUGCUCUCUUUUAUCGUCAAGUGAUAGAAGACAAAGGAUUCCCACCAGUGCCAGAAAACAAACCUAUCACAGGAACCUUUCCCCACAAUUUUGUAUGGGGUAUUUCAGAAGAUGUCAUACAGGUUGAAACAGCUCCUACAACACCCCAGUUUGUUGAUCGCAAUAUUUACCAAUGGGAUGUAAAUGGUACAGGAAAGCUGGUGAGAAUUAAAGGAAUAAUUGGCCAGUCUCGCACAGCUCAGUGUACUGACUACACCACCAUCAGGCAAGAGAUCCAAUUAUUGCAAAAUACACAUGUCACUCACUUCCAAUUCUCCCUCAACUGGACACUGCUCCUUCCUAGUGGCGACUCUAAGCAAGUCAUCAGAGCAAACCUUCGCUACUACAAAUGCUAUGUCAGUGAGCUUCUACGGGCAAAUGUUACUCCAGUCAUUGUGUUGUACCAUCCCACCCUCGAGCAUCAGACUCUCCCUUCAGUAUUAGAGGCCAAUGGAGGCUGGAUGAAUCCAGCAACUCUUCAGGCUUUUGUGGAAUAUGCCAGAUUUUGUUUCAGGCAGCUGGGAGAUAAGGUGAAAUUCUGGAUAACUAUGUGUGAGCCAAAUGGCAUAAAGCACCUGGAAGGAUAUAAAACAAACUUCUCUAUUAUAGGCCACAACUUAAUCAAAGCACAUGCUCUGGUCUGGCAUCUCUACAGAAAAGAGUUUCGCAAAGCACAAAAUGGACAGGUCUCUGUUUCUCUUCAUGCUGAUUGGGUUGACCCCGCUGAUCCUUUCUCCCGAGAUGACAUAGAAGCAGCUGCCAGGACUUUAGAAUUUGAUAUCGGCUGGUUUGCAGAACCCAUUUUUGGUAAUGGUGAUUACCCUUUCAUCAUGCGUGACUGGCAGAGUCAAAGACAAAACGUUGCAUGGCGAAAUUCUUAUCUGCCGCACUUCACCAGUGAAGAGAAGGAACUGAUACGAGGCUCCAUUGAUUUUGUAGCACUGAAUCACUACACAACUCACAUGGUGCAUCUGGAAGGAAGCACUGAAGCUCUGGGUGACAUGGAGCUCAAAGUGCAAUACUUGAAGGACACUACAUGGCUGUCUUCACCAGAUGGAAGAGCAGUUGUACCGUGGGGUUUACGUAAAUUAUUAAGAUGGGUAAAGUCAAAAUAUGGCAAUAUUCCCAUCUACAUCACAUCCAAUGGAAUUGAUGAUGACUCACCCUCCAAGGACAAAUUACGAGUUUACUACAUUCAGAGUUACAUUAAUGAAGCUUUGAAAGCAUUAAAACUGGAUGGAGUCAAUGUCCGUGGAUAUUUUGCUUGGGCUUUAAAAGAUAUUGACAAACCAGACUAUGGCCUCUUCAACUCCAAUCAAGCAGCAAAACUCUCUGUUGAAUACUACCGGCGAAUUGUUGAUAAUGGUGGAUUUCCUGCAUCAAAACCACCCAGUACCAAAUGCUAUCAAGGCUUAUAUCCUUCGGAGGAAUGUAAUCCUUUCCAAUUAAGGAAACAGUUACUAAUUUUCACAUUCUGCACUUCAAGUGUUUUUACAGCAACAAUGUUUUUGAUUAUUUAUUAUUCUUCAAAAAGAUGCAGAAAAUAUAAGUAAUCAGAUUUAUAUACAGAAAUGUGGAGAAAUGAGUCAUUUGUGUGGUAAGGAGAGUGAUAUUUAAAGUAAUUCUCUGCUUAGUGAGCAUUUUGGCAUUAGUUUUGGAUUGUAACAUUAGUUUUUCUGAAAAAUAUUCUCCUCUCCCAAUAUGAAACGGGUGAGUGAAGGUUUUAGCCACAAUAUGACAGAGCCUAUCCAAUGAGCAUCUACUAACUAGACUGUGGACAAACAUCACAGUUGAGGCUACUUCACAAAAUAACUUCCCUAAACACACACCACUAACUGUGAGGUAAUGUCAGAAUAUAAGCAGAUGAAACUAACAUAUUUGACAUGUCUAAUUCUCGUUUUCAGUGAAACUAAUAAAGAUCUUAGAAGAUGUAAAGCAGAUUGUUGAUUCAAUGUCAUUGUGUUGUACCAUGAUAUAACAUUAAAAUUACUCCACUAACUGUAGAUAGUAGUUAGUAGAUGGAAUCUUCUAACUCAUUCAGAACUGAUUGUGGCUGCAAGUCUUCAUAUUAAGAACCAGGUUAACAUCAGUGAACUCAGGACCUACUGAAGACAAAAUGUGCAUAUCUCAUAUUCUGGAAGGCUUAGUACUGUAAUUGGCAACAAAUUAAUGAGCAAUUGAUCACUCACCCAUGCCCAUUCUGUUUGAAUAAUUUCUUACAAUUAUAAACUUAGCUUGAAACUACUUUAAGCACAGCAGAAGAACCAAGAAUGAUGAAGAAAACCUUUCAUGUCCGGUGCUCCUAAAAGAGCAAAUAAUGAGAGGUAUGUGGUCAGUCAACAGUCAAGAACUUACCCAGUUUUCGAUCAGCCUUUUCACAUAUUGUAGCACAAGUUUCCUUCAUUUGUUCCAAAAAAAUGACAGUAAGAAAUUUUGGGAUGUCCCAUCAGGUGGUGGAGCAUAAGUGAUGCUGCCACUGUUCCUUCUGCUUCCCUUCCUCCAAAAGCCCCAAAUUGUGGAGAAUGACUCCUAAUUAUGCUUAGAAUAGACAACACAAUUGGAAGUAUUUUUCAGUUUCCCUUUAAUUUAGAAACCAUGAAUAUACUAGAAAUACUGAUCCAUAGAAAUGGUUGGAUGUACAUUUUAUUUCAGUUUUUAAUGCUUGGCUCUAUUUAUUAAACACUCAAAUAUUUACAAAAAAACUUUUCUCUCAUGUUCUCCAAGUUUUAUUUGUUUAAAAUUACAUAGUUAUUUACAGAUUUAGACCCAAAGCCAAAACUUGAUUCCAAAUCUAAUGCCAAGAUGCUGACUAUCUUUACAAAUGCAAUACUCAUUGCAUUUUCACAAUCCACUUCAGACUGGAUGGAGAAAAAUAUUUUAUGGUACUUGGGCAAAUUGGCAUUGCUUUUUUAUUGAAGUGAAACGUAAAGCAGACAUUUGCAAACCAAAUGGUAUUUAUCCUUCAUCAUCCUUUUUCUUUUGACUUCUGCCAAGUAUUUGUCUUGGAAAAGUGAUAUACAGUAGGAAGAGAGGAAACCCCAGAAAAGGCAGCUCUUAAAAAAAAUGUCUGGAGACCAGAUGAAGGUUAAAAGGUUCUUAUACAGCAGGGUAUUAUUUAAAAUAAGUAGUGAAUGAAUUCAAAGUUUAUUUUUAGAUGUGUAUAUUUGUGUUGCUGCUCAAGCAAUUGUUCACUGUGUUAAUGAUUGUGUUGUUUGUACAUAAAGGUUGCAGAAAAUUUUGCUUUGUUAUAAGUUGCAUGUGACAAAAUGACCGAAUGGUGCCCAUAAUUAAAAAGUGCAGUGGCUCAUACUGCAAGUUGCUCUCUGGGCUUGGUUCUUUGAAAUCAUUAUUAAGUUGCUGAUAAGUAUGACUUGUGACAUUGGGAUGCUGGAGGCAUUAGCUGUGGGCAUUGCUGGAGCCAUUUUAGAACUUGAUGGCCUAAAUUAAAAAUGAUUUCCCAGCAGACUUCAGCCUCGCAGGCAGUAGUAUUACAAAGUCAGAGAUUUGUCAUUACCAGCGUCCAUGCUCACCCACAUCAGACAAACAUUUCCAAUGGCUUACAGUGUGUCACAUUACAAACAGCUGAUGCUGAAAAAUUAGUCACAACUGAAGUGCAACUGGGGGUGGAAAAUGUGCCUAUUCUGCUUGUUGAUUAAUACCACACUUGCAAUGAUUUAGGUGAAUAGUACAAGUGAACUAAAGUAGCUUAAUUCUUGUAGCACCAAGCAAUGCUUAAGGUACUGCACAUCAAUCCAUUAACAACAGGAGACUAUUGCAGUUUUCCUCAAUGAGCCAAAUAGUUUCAUCAUCGUCUUCUGCUUGCUCAUCAUGCUUUACAAUAUUUUUUAAAUUUUUGAAGCGACCAUUACAUUCAUAGUUCAGUUUCAAUGGUGCUUGUGGCAGGAAAUUUAGAAUUAUAACCAUGUGUAAAGAAAAAUUACUGGACACUGGGAACUUUGUCAAGUUUGAUUUGAAGCCUUUUGAAGGGUUAAUCAUUUUUUUAAAUUUGAGACCAGAAUUGAUGAACAUUGAAUGACUUUAACUUAAUAGCAACUCUAUUUAAAAGGGGAGAAUGGAUUCUGUAAAUGUACAUAUUCAAAUGGAAAGCUGGAACUUUGUUGUGCUGAUUUAGCUUACAAUUUGAGCCCCACGUUUGUGCAUUGAAUGGGGCCGAGUGUUGGCUAGUGGAUUUCUGAGAAAAAGUAAAGACAGUCUGAGUCAUUGUCUGCUGGUUGAAAUAUUAAACUGUGGCCAAUUCUGCCAGCUUGAGUCACUCCAAGGUCCUAUGUGAUGAGUAACAUCAGAGUUGUCUGUGUACUGACCGAUAUUUAUUCCUCUACCAGCACUGCUACGACUAGCAAUUCCAUUACUUAUGGUGCCUUCCUGUGUGUAAACUGGCUGUGAUAUUUCUUAUAUUACAACGAUGAUCACACUUCAAGAGCACUUUCAUUGAUUGUAGAGUGGAUUGAAAAGUCCCGAGAUAGUUAAACGUUACACAAAUUUCCCUCUAUAUUGCAGUACUCAUCACCUUGCAUCUCCUUCCACAUGAUUGACUUCUUUCUCCUCACUACUGCCAUGUUCCAGUUACCUACCUCUGACUUAAUCUCCCAUUCACUGUUAUUUUGGGGUGCUUCCACCCCACUUUAUACAGCCGAAGGUGCAUUCAUAACUAUACUGAAAAUAGC